AUGCUAGUGGUAUAAAAGAACUACGAUCGAUAAGUAAAUAAACGUCUGUCAAAACUGUCAAGCGACGUAUAAUAUCAAUAUGGGUUUCUAUUGUACCGACCAUCAAUAAAAAAUAAGUUUGAAUAACUUUCUUAUGUUUGAUCUAAAUUACAUUUAGUACAAAAAUGGGUGAAAACGAAAACCCCAUCUUGUAUGUCGUAGUAGUUGGUUUUCAUCACAAAAGAGGGUGUCAGGUGGAGUAUUCCUUCCCGGAAUUGGUACCAGGACACCCUAACGAAUGCCCUCCCGGCUGGAAAUACCUACCGACGUUGGCUUUACCAGAUGGAUCUCAUAAUUAUGACGAAGACACUGUAUAUUUUCAUUUACCUAGUUUAAGUAAACCAAUGAAAACUAUUUAUGGUAUUUCUUGUUUCAGGCAAAUACCAGUUGAAAAAAUUAAAAAUAAAACAUCAGAUAUAACAAGGGGCACAGUUCAAAAAUCUGUGUGUGUAUUGAGUAGAAUUCCUUUGUAUGGACAAAUACAAGUAAAAAUGUGUUUAAUCACUCACGCUUAUUUUGAUGAAGGGGAUUUUAGUCAAGUUUCUAUACUUGAAGAUACUUAUCAUCAUUUAAAUGCUGUUAUGAUGCAGCCGGAUGCUAUACAACAACCUUAUGUUGGAUUGUCUGCAAGGGAUUUCAUUUUACAAUGGAAGCACAAAGCAGUACUGUUAUUUAAAUUGAUACUUUUAGAGAAAAGGGUAAUUUUUUAUAAAUCCCCUGUUCAUCCUUUAUGUUCUACUAUAUUAACACUAAUAUCGUUAUUCCCAGAUAUGAUAGAAAAAGGAUUACAUAAUUCAGCAUCUAUAAGGUUGUCGAGACCCAUGUCGCCAAUGCCUGAAUAUUCAGACGAGGAUUCUAGUCCUAUAAAAUUAAAAAAUAUAAAGAACAUUCCUUGUAUGAAUGGUACAAUUAAAAAUGAAGAUAUCGAUACUAUUGAAGUCACAAAGGAAUCAAAAAUUAUUGAAAACAGAGGACAUACAGAAAAAAAACAAAUUGAUUUAACUAAUUCUAAUUUGGGUAAUGAGGAAAAUAAUCUAGGUAAUAAUAAUCAGACAGAAGUUGGAUUAGAACUUACUGAAUCAAUUAGUGGAAUUAAAAUUUCUUCUAAUACUGAAAAUGAAUCUACAAAUGGUGUUGAUAAGUCUAAUAGUCUCCAAAGGGAUAUUAGCUCAGAUACUAUAUCUGAUGCAGCUCAUAAUAAUUUAACGUAUUUAACUCAACUCAACAUAGAAAGUUGUGGAUUUCCUCUAGCUAUUUUUACUAAAGGGUCUCUCUGCUUGCCGUAUUUAUCCUUGCCAUAUUUAGAUUUACUAGCCGAUGUUAAUGUAAGAAGUUACGUAGUAGGAGCUACGAAUGUACUUUUCAAGCAAAAAAGGCAGCUCUAUGAUAUUUUAGUGGAUAUAGAUACAAAUAGAAUUGAAUGCCAAGAUAUUAAUUUGAGAAAAUAUUUACAUUUAACUACAGAAGAUCUCAGAUUUGCCGAUUAUAUUGUAAAACAUGUUACCGAAGAAAGACAUGACGUUUUUUUAGACGGGGUAGGAUGGGAAGGUGGUGAUGAAUGGAUUAGGUCACAGUUUAGGGUAUAUUUGUUGUGUUUGUUGAGAACCUCCAUGUUACAAGAUGGUUGUCGAGAAAUUGAUCAUUUCAAUUCGAGUUUCAUAAGCUGUUGGAGAGAUACGCAUAAUUAUAAAAUUUGGUUAAGUGGAAUAAACCCUGGUAUAUUAGACGUUCAUCCUGGUCAUCCUUUUGCAGGACAACUGUCUGUAUCAGAUAUGAAAUUGAGAUUUUCACAUUUUAAUUAUUGUAGUACAAUGCAGAAUACGGAAAGUGGUAGAAAGUUGAAUCAAGCCAUGGCUUCUACUGGAAAAGCAGUGGUAACCACAAGUAAAGCUGUAGGUGGUGCUUUUUCUCAAGCUAAAGGUGCUUUAUCUUCUUGGUGGAGUAACUUUAUGGUCAGCCCUGAACAAAUGCAAAAGGUUUCGGAAGCUGAGGAUAAUGAAGAAUCGACAAAUACCACUGAUGAAUUGAUGAAUAUUCCAAUAAGUAUUAAUAGUGAUAAGGAAAAUAAUAAAAUAGAAGAUUGUGUAUUGAAAGAAAACGUUCAGUUAGAAGGUGAAGCACAAAAAUUUGAAAAUAUUGUUAAUGGAAGUGUCGUAGUGAAUGAAAUGUUGAAUAGUGAUGAAGAAAAGCAUAAUCCGGGUGAAGUACAUACUGUCUAAAAGUUUUUUUCCAAUUAUUGAACAAAUUCUGUUGCUUUAUUAUCAGUUGAAAAUUUAUUAAAUAUUUUUUUUGUUAUUUUUUUUAUUUGUAUUUUAUAAAAGUGAUUAUAAACAAGAAUAUAUUUAAAUGCCCUAUUAGAAAA